GAUUUUAGUAGUAGAAUUUUCGAGGCAACCCGUACCAAGUGGGAUAUUUUUGCAUGUGUAUUAGUGAAAAUCUUAGGAUUUGUUACUUGUAGAUUUAUACAAUGGGUUCAUAAUAGAAGUGUUUUUGCGGAAUCAUAGCAAAACUCAUUCUUCGCAAAACUAAUACGAAAUGGAUGAAGCUAAAUGGGCAAUCACGGAGCAACUUGGUUUCCAGGCACAAUUUAACUGUAAAGUGAAGGAACAUUUAACGAAAUUUGUUGUCCAUCAUUUCACAAACAAAUGUGUGAUUCUAAUUACACAGUACGGGGGUCUACCAAAUUUAUACAUGGUUCAAUUUGAUGCGAACGAUGGCCAUGACGAACGCAUGUCAGCUUUGAAUAUAUCCGAGCUACACACGUCGGUGCCAGUGACCAUAAAAUGCUUAUUAGGUGUUGACAAAAUGGAGAUACGCGCCGGUAUACAGUUUUUAAUCAACAGAACUAAACUAAGCCAAUGUAAAACUGAUAUUGUAAUUACGCUUGGACUAAGGGAAACUAACGGAGAUGUCCUUAAAGAAAUAGCAGACAUUCUCCAUAGAAAAGCGUUGUAGAAUUUCUAAAUAUAAUCAUAAAAUAAUUUUGUGGUAAUAAAAUAGUUUUUAAACACAAAAUACUAUGUUAUAUAUAUAAUAAUUAUAUUUAUAAAAACAAAAAAUAUAUUAAUAUCAAUGACGUUUUAUUCUUAAUUCUCAUAGAGAACAAAUAACACGCGGUCAAAUUGAUGAUUACAAAUAUUUAUUGAGCGAAGCAUAGUAAACAAAACUCAAAACAGAUUGACCAUAUCAUCAUAUUAUCUUACAAAAUUAUUGAAAUAUACUAAAUAUUGUACUUUGAAAUCUACAUCAAAGCUUAUAACUAA